GUGACAUUUGAUGUCCCCAAGGAUGGAGCUUGGUUGGUCUAGGCUGGAGCUAGGCCUGCUGUUCGGCGGCUUUUGCGCUGGAGGUAUGCAAUCGGCAAACGCCCUGGAGGAAUUAUCCGAGCUGAUGGAACAAGUAUUACAAGGGGUGAGGGGGAUGCUGCAAAGCAUGGUGGACAUGCAUAGGACUCGGGCCCAAGUAUCCUUCUCGCGAGUUGUCGGCUCUUCGCUAAGGGAUGUCUCCAAGGCGGUGGACCUUACCCUUGAGGCCACUUCCAGGCGGUCUGCGCUGCUGCCGGCGUCGAUCUUGGCCUGCUGUCAUCGGGACGCUCUCGGCAUCAUGACAACCAGCAGCGUCGGCAACGCCGCCACCACCGCCGCCACUGUCGCCGGCACCGGGGGCCCCGUCGACGACGACGAGGAGAGGGGUAUACGAUCAUCCACGGAGCCCCCCCCCCUUCGACGACAAUCCAGCCUGCUCGAGGCUACGGGGCGCCUGGAGGAAGCCGUGUCGAGGAUGAUGAAGGACUACCAGCGGGCGCGGAAGGAGGUGCUGUACGGCCUGGACGACCUUGGCCGACCGCUAGAGGAGGUCGCCUCCUUGGGUCGGGAGGUGGACAGGGGAGGACGAAGCCCGUCUAUCCCGCGAGAGCCGGUGUCCCUGGAGGACCUCCAAUCCCUGUCUAAGCGUGAAAAGCUUCCCCGGACCGGCAGCAUCAAUAUCUCUGUCUUGAAGAACGGCCUCAGCACGACGGCCGGGGGGGUACCCGCCAGCAGCAAAGAGGCCCAAGUUAGCGAUGAGAUCGCGGGCAGGAGGAAGGAACGGGACCCGCUGGGCGGUGUCCCGAACCACGUGCUGGUCAUGAAGGAGCGCCAGAAGCUUGGGAGUUCCGCCACCAUGGCAAGGGGGGCGUUUCUGUUCAGCCUGUCGGGGCUUUGCUCUGCCCUCACCAAGAAGCGGGUUAGCCGCGCGGGGGGCUGGCGUCCGUCCCAAUCCGCGGAAGCAGCCCGCUUCAUCAUCUCCGGCCUGUGGACGGCGAUCCGACCCCCGCCAGGCCUCCUCGGCGCCUUAUCCUCGACCGCGGGACUUCUGGCCCCGCGAUGCUGCCGCCCCCGCGGCAGCAGCAGCAGCCGGGGGCAUCGUCGCAAGGUCAAGUUGGCGCUGAAGCGCCUCGGGGCUAGGUCGGGUCCGGUGUCUCCUACCUCGAGGACGGGAGGCGUUCGGGAGGGGGGAUGUCUCUCCGCCGUGACUAGGAGCGGGUACUUGUGGUGCUUCAAGGUGUCUCUGGCGCUGACGCUGUGCGCGGUGUUCAGCCUGUCCCCCUUCCUGGCCGAGCUGUUCGAGCCGUCCGUGUGGAUCUCGAUCACCGCCACCUUCGUCAUGGACAACCAGAGCGCCAGCGCGUUGUCUACGUCCCUGCUGCGGCUGGUUGGCACGGUGUUGGUGGGCGCCUCAAUGGGUUAUAGGAGUGGGGGUCCCUCAACAGUGCCUGUUGAAUGGUGCCUCUGCUCGGCAUGCUGGCGGCGACAUAGCAUGACACGGAUGGAGUACGCCACAACUUAA